AUGAUUCUAGCCACCAUCAUUGCCAACUGCAUCGUUCUGGCUCUGGAACAACAUUUGCCUGAUGGGGACAAGACGCCACUCUCAGAACGCCUGGAUGAUACAGAGCCGUAUUUCAUAGGAAUCUUCUGCUUUGAGUCGGGAAUAAAGAUCCUGGCGCUUGGUUUUGCCUUCCACAAGAACUCUUACCUGAGAAAUGGAUGGAACAUAAUGGACUUUGUGGUAGUGCUCACAGGGAUUCUGUCCACUGUGGGCUCAGAUUUCGACUUGCGGACACUCAGGGCCGUGCGAGUAUUGAGGCCUCUCAAACUGGUGUCCGGUAUUCCCAGCUUACAGGUGGUGCUCAAAUCCAUCAUGAAGGCCAUGAUUCCUCUGCUGCAAAUUGGCCUGCUGCUCUUCUUUGCCAUCCUCAUGUUCGCCAUCAUUGGCCUGGAGUUCUACAUGGGCAAAUUCCACAAAACCUGCUUUGACAAUAUAACAAAAGAGAUCCGGAAAGACUUUCCAUGUGGGCUAGAGCCUCAGUCACGGCAGUGUCCAGAGGACACCGUUUGCAGAGAAUAUUGGUUGGGACCAAACUACGGCAUCACCCAGUUUGACAACAUCCUGUUCGCUAUACUCACCGUUUUCCAGUGUAUCACCAUGGAGGGCUGGACUGACCUGCUCUACUAUAGCAAUGAUGCCUCAGGGAGUGCAUGGAACUGGAUGUACUUCAUCCCCCUCAUCAUCAUCGGCUCUUUCUUUAUGCUCAACCUGGUGCUGGGUGUGUUGUCAGGGGAGUUUGCCAAAGAGAGAGAGCGUGUGGAAAACAGGAGCGAGUUCCUGAAGCUCAGGAGGCAACAGCAGAUUGAAAGGGAACUUAACGGUUACCUUGAGUGGAUCUGUAAAGCUGAAGAGGUCAUCUUGGCAGAUGAUGAAAAUGAAAAUGACUAUGAUGGUUCUCGUAGGAGAGCCACAAAGAACCAUAAAAGCAAAGCCGAGCUUCUAAAUCCAGAGGAAGGGGAGGGUGACCUGGGAGUAGGUUCACCGUUUGCUCGUGCCAGCUUGAAGAGCUCCAAACUCGAGGGAUCAACUUUCAAGCGGCGGGAGCGGCGAUUUCGCUUCUUUGUCCGUCACGUUGUUAAGUCCCAGGGCUUCUACUGGACUGUGCUGUGUUUGGUGGGCCUCAACACGCUGUGUGUGGCUGUUGUGCACUACGACCAGCCCGAACCACUUUCAGAUUUUCUAUAUUAUGCUGAAUUCAUCUUCCUGGGAAUAUUCUUGACAGAGAUGUGCGUAAAGAUGUACGGCCUGGGCAGACAGGCCUACCUCAACUCCUCCUUCAACUGCUUCGACUGCAUUGUGAUAUCUGUUAGUAUAUUUGAAGUUUUGUGGUCCAUCAUCCAACCGGGCACAUCAUUUGGCAUCAGUGUGCUACGAGCUCUCAGGUUAUUGAGGAUCUUCAAAGUCACCAAGUACUGGGCGUCUUUGCGUAACCUCGUCGUCUCUCUGCUCAAUUCCAUGAAGUCCAUUAUCAGCUUGCUCUUCCUGCUCUUCCUCUUCAUAGUUGUCUUUGCCCUGUUAGGCAUGCAGCUCUUCGGAGGACAGUUUAAUUUUGAAAGUGGCACCCCUCCAACCAACUUCGAUACCUUUCCCGCAGCAAUAAUGACGGUGUUCCAGAUCCUGACCGGCGAAGACUGGAAUGUGGUGAUGUAUGAUGGCAUCAAAUCUCAGGGAGGAGUCAACAAGGGCAUGGCCUUCUCUGUCUUCUUCAUUGUACUCACGCUUUUUGGCAACUACACUCUGCUGAAUGUGUUCUUGGCUAUCGCUGUGGACAAUCUGGCCAAUGCACAGGAACUGACCAAGGAUGAACAGGAAGAAGAGGAAGCUGCCAAUCAGAAGAUUGCCCUACAGAAAGCCAAGGAGGUGGCUGAAGUUAGCCCACUGUCUGCUGCAAACCUCUCCAUUGCAGCCAACAAAGUACACAGUGAGUGUCACAACGCUUCUGACCCCUUUCUGGACUGCAAGGAGCAGCAGAAGAACCACAAUAAGGGGGUCAGUAAGUCAGUGUGGGAGCAGCGCACCAAGGAGCUGAGGAAGCAGACUCUGGCAUCUAGCCGUGAGGCCCUCUAUAACGAAUUGGACGCUGACGACCGCUGGAAGGCAAGGACAGGGAGGGAGGAGCACAACAAUGUCAACUAUUCACGUCACAUUCGUCCAGAUAUGAAGACCCAUCUGGAUCGACCCUUAGUGGUGGACCCCCAUGAAAACCGUAACAACAACACUAACAAGACCACUGCCAACAACUCAGACUUCUGUGUCAGCCAGCACCAUCCUGCUGAUGAGCUUCACAGGCAAACACGCCUCCAUGAGCACCAUGGCCAAGUAGGAGGGGAUGGUGGAGGAGGUUCAGGUCUACCCAGACCUCCCUUGGAGAGGGGGGAAUCCACGGAGAGUAGACGAAGCCGCAAAAGUGAGCAUCAUCACAGUUCUCAUGUCCGACUGGAUGCUACAGUGAUUCCUGGGCCAGAGGAGAGGCUACCCAGGCGCCAUCACCACACCCGGAAUGGCAGUCGAGGGGGAGGGCAGUCUGAACACAGGAAGCCAAGGUCACAUCGAAAGAAUGCAGAAGAUGGUGAGGAUGGUGGGGUAGGUGCUGGAAAGUCAGGAAGACAUAGGAGCAAAGGGGUGGAUGGAAAUGGGGAAGGAGGAGAGCAUGAGGGAGCUGGCAAUGGUGGUGAGAAGAGGCCAAGAAGAAACCGCCAUGGAAGUCAAGUGGAGGGCGAGGGGAAAAGGAUGUGCUCACACAGAAGGAAGGACUGCAGUGUCCCAAACCUAUCUACCACACGGCCCAUCCAAAAGAGCCUCUCUAGGCAGAAUAGCCAGUACAGUGAAGAUAUGGACAACCUCAUGAACACCAAACUGGUGUCUGUUUCUACACCACCUAGUGAGGGUCGCCCCUAUCCCGUGACCAGUCACGCUGUCACCCCUGGAUUUGGAUCUGCCCUCCAUCUUGCUAACAGUGGCACUCGUGGAAGUUUGGUCACAUUAGAUAGUUAUGGGAAUAUCGGACACCACCGUGCCAACAGUGUAAUCAGGCUGCCCCACCCUGACUAUACUGCUGUGGAUAUUUUUCCAUCCACCAAUGCCAUACUGCAAGUUAAUAAAAAUGCCAACACUGAGCCUCUGCCAGCAAAAGAGGAUAAGGAUGAUGAUGAUGAUGAGAAAGGAGGUGAAGGAGGACCCAGGCCCAUGCCUCCAUAUAGCUCCAUGUUCAUCUUCUCCACCACCAACCCGUUUCGACGGGCAUGCCAUUAUAUCUGCACCCUGCGUUAUUUUGAGAUGUGCAUCCUGCUGGUCAUUGCAAUGAGCAGUAUUGCCCUAGCAGCUGAAGACCCUGUUAAGCCCGAUUCCCCUCGAAAUAAUGUUCUGCGCUAUUUUGACUACAUCUUUACCGGAGUGUUCACUUUUGAGAUGUUAAUAAAGAUGGUGGAUCUAGGGUUGGUCUUGCACCAGGGCUCUUAUUUCCGGGACUUGUGGAACAUCCUUGACUUUAUAGUGGUUAGUGGUGCUCUGGUGGCCUUCGCCUUCACCAGCGGCAACAGCGGGGGGAACAGCAAGGGAAAAGACAUCAGCACCAUCAAAUCCCUGAGGGUACUGAGAGUGUUACGACCUCUAAAGACUAUUAAACGACUUCCCAAGCUCAAGGCUGUGUUUGACUGUGUGGUGAACUCUCUGAAGAAUGUGCUCAACAUCCUGAUCGUCUAUUUACUCUUCAUGUUCAUCUUUGCUGUGGUUGCUGUGCAGCUCUUUAAGGGCCGUUUUUUUUACUGCACUGAUGAAUCCAAAGAGUUUGAGCGCGACUGCAGAGGCGAGUAUCUGGUUUAUGAACGCGAUAACGAAGUGAAGGCGCAGAAGCGGGAGUGGAAGAAGUACGAUUUCCACUACGACAAUGUGGCUUGGGCCCUUCUUACCCUCUUCACUGUUUCCACUGGAGAGGGGUGGCCGCAAGUGCUGAAACACUCAGUCGAUGCGACUUAUGAGAAUCAGGGCCCGAGUCCGGGAUACCGGAUGGAGAUAUCCAUCUUUUACGUGGUGUACUUCGUGGUCUUCCCCUUCUUCUUCGUCAACAUCUUCGUAGCUCUCAUUAUCAUCACCUUCCAGGAACAAGGGGACAAGAUGAUGGAGGAUUACAGUUUAGAAAAGAAUGAGAGAGCCUGCAUAGACUUUGCCAUUAACGCCAAGCCUCUGACACGCCACAUGCCACAGAACAAGCUAAGCUUUCAGUACCGUAUGUGGGAGUUUGUGGUGUCACCGCCAUUUGAGUAUACCAUCAUGGCGAUGAUCGCGCUCAACACAGUUGUGCUGAUGAUGAAGUAUUAUGGAGCUUCUGACACCUAUGAAACUGUGUUAGCCAACCUGAACAUAGUGUUUACGUCCCUCUUCUCCAUGGAGUGUGUACUCAAGAUCAUUGCCUUUGGAGCACUGAAUUAUUUCAAAGAUGCCUGGAAUAUUUUUGACUGUGUGACAGUUCUGGGCAGCAUUACAGACAUCCUCGUUACUGAGCUUGGGAUGAAUAAUUUCAUCAACCUAAGUUUCCUAAGGCUGUUCAGAGCAGCUCGUCUCAUCAAGCUGCUGAGACAGGGAGAAACCAUCCGCAUCUUGCUCUGGACCUUCGUUCAGUCUUUCAAGGCAUUGCCUUAUGUCUGCCUCCUCAUUGCCAUGCUGUUUUUCAUCUACGCCAUCAUUGGGAUGCAGCUGUUUGGGAAUAUUGCAAUUGAAGAAGAAGAUGACGAGAGUGCCAUCAACCAGCACAACAACUUCAGGACCUUUGUACAGGCUCUGAUGCUGCUCUUUAGGAGUGCAACAGGAGAGGCAUGGCACGAGAUCAUGUUGGCGUGUCUUGGGGGUAAGAAAUGUGACCCAGACUCAGGGAAUACAGACCCAGAAUGUGGCAGCCAGGUUGCCUACCUCUACUUUGUGUCCUUCAUCUUCUUCUGUUCAUUCUUGAUGCUGAAUCUGUUUGUAGCUGUCAUCAUGGACAACUUUGAGUACCUGACUAGAGAUUCAUCCAUACUAGGACCUCACCAUUUGGAUGAGUAUGUCAGGAUAUGGGCGGAGUAUGAUCCUGCUGCCUGCGGGCGCAUACAUUAUAAGGACAUGUACAGUUUAUUACGAGUUAUCGACCCGCCUCUUGGCUUAGGCAAGAAAUGCCCCCAUAGGGUGGCCUGCAAGAGAUUGCUCCGUAUGGAUCUGCCUGUGGCCGAUGACAACACGGUCCACUUCAACUCCACCCUCAUGGCUUUGAUCCGCACAGCGCUGGACAUAAAGAUUGCCAAGGGUGGUAUUGACAAGCACCAGAUGGACGCAGAACUAAGGAAAGAGAUGAUGGCAAUCUGGCCCAACCUCUCCCAGAAACAUCUGGAUUUGCUGGUGACACCACACAAGUCGACCGACCUGACAGUGGGGAAAAUCUACGCCGCCAUGAUGAUCAUGGAGUACUACCGGCAGAGCAAGAUCAAACGUUCGCAGGCUCUUCGUGAUGAGCAGAAUCGAACGCCAUUACUAUUUCAGCGCGUGGAGCCACCUACCCCCGCCCAGGAUGGGGGUCCGGGACUUAACAAUGCCCUACCUCCACCUGAGAUGACAGAGACUACCAACAGCCUGCCGGUGGAGGGAGGUGUCCCGGAAAGCCAGUCAUGGGUGACGGCUCGCGCUCAGGAAAUGUCUCAGAAGGUUGGCAGCUGGAGCCCUGAGGGACACCCUGUGGAUGGCUUGGGAAGCAUGACCAACUCUCAGACGGUAGAGAUGAGAGAGAUGGGGCAGGAUGGUUACUCGGAUACUGAGCACUUUCCACCAAUGGAAGGCCACGGCAGGGCCGCUUCCAUGCCCCGCCUCCCAGGCGACAACCAAACCAUCAAUGACAGCAGUCCAAUGAAACGCUCCGCCUCCUCGCUUGGCCACAGCAGGUCUGGGUGUGGUCACAGAGACAAAGGUGGGGCAGAUGGCUACAACAUGGAGCGUGCAAUUCCCGAGGAAGGAAGGAGCUCCAGGCACGGACAUCGGCGAAAAGACCGGAGCCAUCGGGCAUCCGAGAGGUCCCUCUGUCGCUACACUGAGGCUGACACAGGCCUGGGCACAGAUCUAAGCACAACCACUCAGUCUGGUGACCUCACCUCAAAAGACAAGGAUCGGGACAGAGAUCGUGGCCGGUCCAAAGACCGUAAGCACCACCACCAUCAUCACCAUCACCAUGGCUCUGUGGACAAGGAGCGCUAUGUAGCAGAACGAGGGGGCGAGUACGGACACAGGCACUCUCGUGACCGUGACAGGGAGAGAGAACGGGACCGGCGCUGGUCGCGAUCACCCAGCGAGGGUCGCGAUUGCGUGACACACAGACAGGGCAGUAGUUCAGUCAGCGGAAGUCCUGUCCCCUCAACCUCGGGGACCAGUACACCACGGCGGGGCCGUCGGCAGUUGCCUCAGACCCCUGCAACACCCCGGCCCCAUGUUACGUACUCCCCUGUAGUCCGUAAGGCCAUGCCCACACCUCCUGGGGUGGCGCAGGGCAGACCCACAGCCCCAGCUCCAGCCCCUCGCCGCUUUUCUCCAGAACCUCCCCAAGGCCAGGGUCCUCCCCCAGCUGGCCUCCAGCUUGCCCACCAUGGCACACCCCGCCAUCAGCCCCCUCCUCGCUGGGGAGACACAGGUGGAGGAGGGGGCUCCAUGGAAGGGGAUAGCUGUUUCUACAACCAGGACUACCAGGACUAUGAUCCUCACCAUGAACCACCUGCCUAUGAGCCAAGCCCCAUGCAGGGGGGCAACCCCCACCCUCAUGCCCUGGCCAACCACCCACUGCCACUUCCCACACAACCACAGCCACACAACCCCCAUCCCCUACCUCCACCGCAGCCACACCCAGUCAACAACCCCCACCCACAGCCCAGCCGAACGUCGCCUAGAACUGUUCACCAUGCGCCUCCUCCCACCACGGCUCUGACUGGGCCUGUGCAGGCCCAAGUUCAGUCUGCUGCCCAGCGCCGGCUACCCAACGGCUACCGAUCUUCAUCGCCUUCCACACAUCUACACGGACCCCCACAUACUGGGCCUCACAAGGUCCCUCCUCCAGCUGGGCACCCAAGGGGUCCUCGCAAAGGCCUACAUGAACCCUACAGUGAGACGGAGGAUGACGAUUGGUGCUAGCCUCUGGGGUUGGGGGUGGGGCUUAACAAGGAAAAAUAAUUUAAAUAGCGAAAGAAGAUGAGCCAGAGCACUGACUGCCAAGGGAAAAAAUAUGACUUUUCUUUCUUGUCUGUUCAGUUUUUUUCCUCUCCUCCACUGCUGUCUCUGGGACGGUGAGCUAGAUGAAACAACAGGUAUCACGAUGGAGGGAUGGAACAAGAAUGCCGAGGCAGAAUCUGGAGAGAAAAAAGGUGACACGAGAAGGUAACAAAACACCUUCGUGUUCUGCUCGCAUUGUUGUUGAUCAUUUCUUGAUGCCAAAUGAGACCAAACUACAGGCAGGAGGAGUGACAGACACUAGUCUCUGUGUCUUAAAUUUUGCCUCUAGCAACAAGCUAUAGCCACUUACAAGAUGUCAAGAGUUGCAACUCGACAAAAGAUACUUUACAGUCAGAGACAAAAAUGAGCGACCUCUUUUUUUCCUUGUUGUUGUUGUUGUUGUUGUUUUUUUUUUGCUUCUCUAAGCUAACUUCUGUUAAGUUAGCUGCAAAAAAAGAUUUAAAACCAACCCUCCCAGCCACCAGUUGAAUAUUGAUGAGUUUUAUCAUCUGUGUUUUUAAAUACAAAUAAACCUGACACAGAGCCCUCCACCUGUAAGAGGUGA